UUCUGUGCUAACUAAUUGGUGCGUCUAUUUGCCGCCAAGAAUCGCUCUUCCAUUCUCCACUCUUCUCUUCUUCUAAGACGCAAUACAACAAGCACAUAGCGUGCAACUCAACCCACCACCCUCCUCCUCCUUCUUUCCAUGGCGGCGGUCAACGGUGACGACAAACCGCUGCAGAAAAUCUCAGACGCAUUCAAGGUUUUGGCUUCCGUGGCCCAAGAUUCGAAGAGCGCGGAUAUGGAGCUCGCUCCCUUCUCACGUGCCUGCACUCACGUCUGCCCUCUCUUUGGUUGCUUGGGCAUCGCUUUCAUGUUCGCUGAGAAGGAUUUUGUCGCCAAGGUGCAAGAUCUAGCAGAGGCAUCGAAUUCCAUUAAGACAUUGCAAUCUAUGAUUGAUCAAGAUGUGCAGAACAAUUGUGUGAGGACGGCAGGUAGCCAUACAAGAAAUCUGCUAAGAGUGAAGCGCGGACUUGACAUGAUCAGAUUGCUGUUCGAGUAUAUGUUAGUUGCAGAGGGAAGCUCCCUUAGGGAUCCAGCUUCAAAGGCUUACGAGAAGGCAUUGGCACCUUAUCAUGGAUGGGCUAUCAGGAAGGCUGUUUCUGCUGGGUUGUAUACCCUUCCAACGAAGGAACAACUAUUGGUGAAAUUCAAUGAGGAUGAGGCGACAGCCAGAGUCCUAAUGCAAAAUUAUGUCACCGCAUGUACACCUGUACUCCAAUACGUUGACAAUCUCUUCAUUUCCAGAGAUUUGGGAACAGAUUGGUGAACGAUUCUUGAAUAAUUGUAUUCAGAUUAUACAAUGUAAUUCGCUAUCAGAAAGUUCAUAAGAUGAAUAAUGCAUUAACUAAAUUCAUUUGUUGUACAAUUUAUCUAUAUUACAAUAGUUGGUAGUGUGGAUUUGAUAGGUAUUGUCAUGUGAUUGGAUCAACCCUAAUCAAAAUGGAAAAUGUUGUGCGUAGAAGGAAUAACCUCUCAUGCGAAAUAUUUACUGUGGUAAUCAUUAUCUUGAUGAAAUAUGUGUUGCUAUUGGUGAUUUCUUGAGCUCAAACAUACCAGUUUCUCAAAGGAUUCUGAUAAGAAGAGGUUUCGAUUGGUUUAUAGGAGAAGUAAGGAUACAUAAGAUGAAUUUUCACUAAAUUCAUAAUUGUUGCUCGUUGGCUGCUGAUUAACUCCUUUAAGCUAGUUUAGCAAGUUUGGAGCAGUAGUUCUAGGCUUAAUUGCUGCCUAUAAAUACUAGGGGUGAGUUAGUUCUAGUUAGUUAGAAAAUUCUGUUUAGUUUGUUAGUUCGGGAGAGGAAAAUUCUAUCCAGAGUUGAUUAGAUCCAACAGCA